UCUACGACUCUACCCGUGAGUCCGUGAAGGCAGCACCGGACGCGGGGCGGAGAGGAAGAAGAAGAAGAAGUGCAGCUCACAGUUGCUCCACACCGGAAUCUAAUUACCGGGCUGCUAGUUUUUCCUUCGCGCGCGGACACUUGUUUGCGUUUCUUUUCUACAAAAGUGGGUCGUUGUACUCGUGCACACGCUUCCCGGUUGAGAGACGCGGAGCGGGUGGACUUGGCUGUCAUUGCCGACUUGUUGACUCGCACGGAGCUCAGGGGAGAGAGCAAUGGUGACGGUGCUGUGAUGGCAGAGGUGGAGGUAGACCAGUCCAGCCUUCCCAGAGUGCAGGAAGUGUGUCAGAACUUUGCUGUUCUGGAGGACGGUGUCCUGGCCCACAGUCUGCAGGAGCAGGAGAUCGAGCAGUACUACACCACCAACGUCCAGAAGAGCCAGCUGGUGCAGAAUGACAUCCGUGUAGCCAAGGAGCUGCAGGACGAGGAGGAGAGGAGGCGAGCGGCGCAGAGGGCGCUGCUGCGACAGACCUCCAGACAGAUAGAGGAGCAGGACUUCCAGUACGCCCGAGUCAUUCAGGAGGAGAUCCAGCAGCGAGCGGAGGAGGCCCGCAGGAGAGAGCGCCACGAUGAGGAAAUAGCAAAACGCCUGCAGGAGGAGGAAGAGGAGCUGGUGAGCAGCGACGGCAGCGGCGGCGGCGGCGGGCCGCAGGACCACGCCAGAGGCGGCGUCAGUGGUUCGGCGUCGCGCGCGCCACACCGGCGCAUUGACGUUGAUCCAGUAGAGCACUUCUCGCCUUCGGCCACUAGGUGGCAGUGUUCGUCCGCUCCCAGCCGCUCACACUUGGACAGACCCCGGACUGUCCCGGCACAGAAAAACCCCACUUCACGGUCGAAUGAAGGUCACGUUCAUCCCAUUAGGCAAAUCAGCAGUGAAUUCCGCGAGUCUUUGAGCUCAGAUUCAGAGGAUUUGGACGCAGUUCUUCUCUCGGAACUCAUCUCUCUUGGGUCCCAAAGACUGAGACAAAGGCAACACAGUGCACGGCGGCGACGAGCGUCUUCGUACCACUCCCCAGAGCGGGACUACAGAAGCCUCUGCACUUUCAGUGACCUCAGUGAGGAGCCAGGAGGUCAGCAGGAGAGCAGGCGGGAGGACAGGCGCUGCGGGGCAGAUGAGAGGAUCAACGGCAGACGCAGGAGCAGCAGAGACCUGGCCAGGACCUGGUCCUGCCGGGACAAUCCCGACAAGCAUGUCCACUUCCAGGAGAGCACCAGCAGCGACAGGCGCGAGGAUGAAAGCAGACAGGUGUGGAUGAUGUUGGGCCACGUCCUGAGGGAGCGAGGCGUCCCUGUGAAGCUGGGAGGCAGCGGGGCUCCUCUGAAGAUAGAACGUUCAAGACGGGACAGUCAGGACUUUCAGGGUAGCCAGGUCUCAUACGGCGAGCCCCAACCUCAGAGGGUUUUCCAGAGAGCCGCCACCGCCCGGCACAGUUUCCAUGGAGAUCCCAGGGAGAGGAGGAGGAAGCUGCUCCUGGAGAGCAGCAGGGCAGAUCAAAGGGAGGAAAGAAUCAGGAGCGUGGAGCCUCUGAGGACGGAGUAUGAGAGGGAGCCCUCAGUCAGGGAGAGACAAGGCAGCAGGAGCUGGAGAGGACAGAGGCUGAGUGACCGCAGGCCCCAGACCACCGAAGGGGAGCCGGACCACAGAGCCCACACGUUCAGUCGCACAGCUCCUCAUCGCAGCCACAGUGUGAGAAGUGGGAGCAGCAGCAGCAGCAGUGGGAGGAGGCCCUGGGUCAUGGCAGCAGCAGCGUCUCUCGGAGCAGAGCCAGGCCGCACCAACCUGGACCUGGGAGAACUGCAGCAGGUCCUGCAGGAUGAAGAGCUGGCCCGCCAGCUGCAGGAGGAGGAGGAGCGGGAGCUGAGGAGGAACUCACAUCCGCCUACUCCGAGGUCGUUCCCGGUUGGAGACUUCCGACUGGCCCAAGUGGCUCAGGAUGAGGAAAUUGCGCGAUUCAUGCAAAAGCAGGAAAUCAAGUCCAAGAGAGGAUUGCGUGAGCUGGAUGGACCAGGAUCAUGGAGGGAGCACCGGGCGAUGAUGAGUCACCAGGACAGAGCAGUCAUCGCACCGUCACAGAGCGCCCGAGCAGAGAGGCGCGACUCAGAGGGUCCAUCGUCCCCCACUGAGGGCUGCUCCCUGGACCAGCUCCCGCCCACUCCCACCUCCACAGUCACGCCGUCGCAGCCGAUCCGAAAUAUCGCAGAAGAGCUCGACCCCACUUUCCAGGCGAGGAGGCGAAGCACAGACAGAACGGAAGAAACGGGGACCACCUGCUGCUCACCUCCCAUGGCUCACACCGACUUCCUGCACGAGCCCACCUUCAUCCCGCCCACCAAGAGACAAGCAGACCAAGCAGGACGCAGCAAGCCCAAAGAAAAAAGGGAGAAUUGCAAGCAGCAGUAACUGACAGAAACUAAACCUGAGGCUGACUUGCUCAGGCGGCCAUAGUGGAUUUCUCACUUGGGAACUCUGAGACAGUUCUCCACCUGCUUCACCUUCUAGCACCGUAGGUGGUUCACGUGAGAAGAUCUCCUGCAGCUGAUUAUCAGAAGCACCACACCUUCAUACCUGUUAGGUGGCGUGUUCUCACAACCGUAGCUUCCUUCCAGGCAACACUAAACACAGCGGUGACCCUUGGACCACAUGACGUCAGUAUCGACACAAAGGAGAGAAACUGGAACAUGUCAGCAAGGCCAAUAGAAAGGUUAGCGAUCGCGUGGGGCUUCACACACACAUGAGUCAUACAUGAGUCACAGGCUACUGGCAGUGAAUGAAUCACUGAUCUUGAUCAACUGCUCCAAGCCUGAUGUUUAUUAAGUAAGUUCUAUUUUUGAUCCAUCAGUCAUAUGAUCGUAUCAAGUCAAGAUUGGAGUGACAGUAAGCUGCGUGUGUGUGAAACCUGGUGGCGACUGUGUCAACACAACCACAUGACGUGUGUGUCAUUUGUGGCGUGAAACAAGCUUGUGUGGCUGCUCAGUGUCCUGCACUCUUUCCUCACCCUUUAGCAUCCACCUGCGUUACGACAUGGUUGGACCACUUUGAAAUGUACAUUUUGAAAUAAAGCACGUUUUUUAAAGACGUCUCGACACAUUAAAGCUGACUGUCUCGAAGUGGAAAUGUUGGGCUGCUACAGUGGGUUUGCAAGGUGACUCAGGCAGCCACUGGAGGUUUCCAUGUAGGUGGGCAGCGCGUCUACAGCGGCCCACAUUUCAUGAGCAUAGAU